UCUGACUCAAGCCCGUGACUCAAGCCUAACUCAAGCCUGUGACUCAAGUCCGAUUCAAGCCCAACUCAAGCCCGUGACUCAAGCCCAAAGCCCAAAUUCGUUACGAAUCCAAGACUUCAUUUGCAUAAGAAAUGAA